GGCUGUGUUGUAUCUGGUAAAGACUUAAAACUGUCUCUGACUCACCAUGAACCAGAGCCAUAAUAAAGUACUUGUGAAAGUUCAAAGUAAACCGAACACAUUUAUAGCUAAUUUGUGAAGCUGUUUCCCUUAUCCAGAGAUUGAUACAGUAAUUACCAACAUGCUUGACUAGUAGUUGAUUGUAAAGAGUUUAAAGAUGAUAUUGAUGUUAUUUUUGACCUAAAAACAAUGAAUUCCUUUGCUUUUAACGUGACAUGUUUCUUCUAGUAGUUUCCAAAUGGACAUGUUUGUUGAAAUGCUAUUGAUUCAAGCUCAUUGUGUUUAAGCAGAGCAGUGAUAGAUCAGCCAUGUUUGCAGUCUGCCUUUUCUAGCAUUAAAAGAAUUCCACCAGUUUGUACAGUAUAAUGUCCGCUCCCUGGAAAAGUCUGAGUCAUAUAUGUUACAAUUGUUUGAGUAAAGACAAUGAGGGAAAGGUUUGGAGUUGGAGAUGGGUUUAUGGGUGUAUUAUAAACCAGAGCCAAAGUAGAGUCAAUCUACUUUCAAAAGUUUAUCAUGAGCUGAACACAUUUAACUAAUAAAUUAAGCUGUGUCUCAAGUCCAGGGAUGUGUACAGAGUUCCAGAGUAACAUUAUGACCAGUAAGUAACUGUAAAACAGCUCAAAGGUGCCUUUUUGACCUGAAUUCCUUUGCUAACAUGACAUGCUUCUCCUGGUGGUUUCCAGCAACAGAUUGGCCACUUGUUUGCAGUCAUCCCGCAGGUCCUGUAAUACCUGUUCGAAUCAACACAACCUGGACCGUGGUUUUCCAUAAAGUUGCACCACUACACAGGGGAGCUGAGGCUAAAUCAUUUUCCGUGUGAUCCCAUAAGUCAUGACCUCAGUGGUGCUGGUCGACACUGGUGGGACUGUGGUGGAGUAUGUGUCAGCGGAGGAGGACCCUCAACAGCAGGAGGGAGAGUGUGACGUGGAUCCAGAGAUGGAUGGAGAGGUGGAAGGCGAGUGUGAAGCUGAGGAGACCUACGAGGAAGUACUGGUCAGAGAGGAGGCAGAGGAUUAUCCAGCAGUCAUAGUGGAGGAGGUUCCUGGUGCCAGUCUGGUCGAGGACCAAAGUUACUCAGCCCAGGUGUUGGUAUAUGAUGACGGAGUGUACCUGAUGCAGGAAGUGGUCGAUGAGCAGGUGGUGGAGACAGAAGGGGAAACAGUGGAGGCCUCUGUCCACGGCACCAGCAUCCACUGCUCUGACAAGACGUUUGAGGCAGCAGAAGCUCUGCUUCACAUGGAUUCACCAUCCAGCAUCAGAGAGGACCGCAGUCCAGACACGUUUGUGUCGUCAUGCAUAGCGACGCCAGACAUCCUUCACGCUGCCAUGCGCCCAGAUGUGAUGGCAGUGUCAGAGGUGGAGAUAUCGACAGAGGAUUACUGCGAGGAGGAAGAUGAGGACAUGGUCACAAUGCUGGAGGAUCCAGAGCCGGAACCUGACCACGAGCCUGUCAAGAAGAGGAGAGCUGGACGGAAGCCAAAGACACAUCAGUUGGCCAUGUCUAACGGCUCAGCAGAGUUCGGUAUCAAGAGGAAGCAAAGAGAAGGAAAAGCAGGGAGCACCACCUACCUAUGGGAGUUUCUGCUGGACCUCCUGCAGGACAAGAACACCUGUCCCAGAUACAUCAAGUGGACACAGAGGGAGCAGGGUAUCUUCAAACUGGUGGACUCAAAAGCUGUGUCCAAGCUGUGGGGCAAACACAAGAACAAGCCAGACAUGAACUAUGAGACCAUGGGACGGGCUCUAAGAUAUUACUACCAGCGCGGCAUCCUUGCCAAAGUAGAAGGUCAGCGGCUGGUUUACCAGUUCAAGGAGAUGCCCAAGAACAUCGUCAUCAUCGACGACGACACAACAGACAUGGACAUCUCCGGCGAUCUUGUCACUUCAGACACUGCAGCCUCCUAUGAGCGCGUGCCGCCGCCGACAGACAUGCUGCUCCAGGCGUCUGAAGUCUCGUCCACCAAGAAGCCCAACAUCCUGCGGGGCGGGAACAGACCCAAUAUCGUCCAGGCUCCUGUCACUACAGUGAGCAAAGCAGUGACAGCAGGGGUUCCACGGAUAGUGACCGUUACUGCAGCGCCAGAUGUCAGUCAGGCACAACAGUCUCGCACAACAAUCAUCCCAAACGCCACCGGGCACAGGACGGUGCGGGUGGCUAUGCAGGUUCCCGUGGUCAUGACGACAUCACUGGGGCAGAAGAUCUCCACAGUUGCUGUGCAGCAGUCGACAGGAGCAACAAUGGGAGCCGGACACACCACCCUCCUCAACAGCACUUCUGCGAUUGGUGUUGCUGGUAACGCCAACUCACAACAGAAGGUUGUGCUUCAGACGAUCCCCACCAUGGUUCCCGCCACAGCAGAGAACGGAGACAAGAUCACAGUGCAGCUGGCAAAGAUCAUCACCAUCCCGGCUCAUCAGUUAGCUCAGUGUCAUCUCCAAGCCUCCGGCGGCACAAACAAGUCUGGCAUCAGCCUCCUUGGCAGCCCUCUGACCAUGCGGACGCUGGCUCCUGUCAGCGUCGCGCCUGGAACGCAGGUGAUGAGACUCACCGUGCCGACACAGGCGCAACAACAGACUCUGGUGGUGUCACAGCCGGGAAGCAUCGGCAGCAGGGCAGGAGCGAUGACGAUGUCGACCACCAAUCAGCCUCGCGUCUUUAGCGGACUCAUCAGCGGCUCAGAGCUGGUGAUCGGAGCAUCGGCAUCCGGAGGAGUGACAUUGGAGAAGCUGAAGGCUGCAGGAAUCCAGGUCCAGACUGUGCAGGUGCCUCUGCCGGCGGCAGCUCAACACAACCAGGGGAACCCCAAAACUGUCCACAACGUCCAAACAGAGGCGGUGGACGCAGAGGUGGUAUUCAAACUGGAAACACCUAAUGUGACGAUUAAGUCAGAAGAGCCCGAGUGUUGAAAAACACACACAUUUACGAGUACGCGUCUUCUCCGUCUCUGCCAGAGAGAGUUAGUUUGUACAUAUCUGAAGUCAUUUUUACUCCUUCGAUAACCAGCAGCAGUCUGUGAGACUUUAAAAUCUGACUCCUGAAGGCCUGUUUUUGUUUUUGGUUUUUUUUAUAUAUUAGUCUUCAGCCUGUUUUCACUCGCUGCCUCAGACUGAAACUGAACCAAGGCAGAUCGUCAAUGUUGUGUCCCAAGUUCAAACUGGAUCCUCGUACAGAAGAAAACACACAGACUUCAGCGGGAGUGUGUUGGUGAAGGUAAAGGGACCAACCGUCAUCACUACAGCGUCUGCCUUCUAAACGCAUUAACAUCACUGAGUCAAAUUAGAGCGAGGGGGAAAAAAAAGAGGAUUCCAAAACACUACAAAACCAGGCAAAUGAUCACAACCAAACAAAAAAUGUGAACUGAUAAACAGAUAUAAAAAAGGAGAGUGAUGUGAUGAAACUUUUGUAGAUGUUUUAUUUUCAAUAUUUUCUUCUCCGUCAUGGAUAAAACCAGCAACUUUCAUCACUGUGCGGAUCAUGUGUGCAUGGUGCUACAUGAGCGAGGGAGAAGCUGUCACAAAGACAGUGAAAUGGUUGUGUAUGUACAUAUUUAUAUAUAUAUAUAUAAUGUAUAUCUUCUAUACAGUUUAUGGAGCUAAAGUUAACAGCCAUAGGAUUAAUUUCUAACAUUCUUUUUCAUGUAGCGCUUGAACGGUUAACUGAAAUUUUCAUUUGUGUUUUGAUACCUUGUACCAAGCACAGUAUUAUUUUACGGAGGGCGUCUGAUAUUUGUUUUCAUCUUCUGUACCCAUGCCUCCAUCAAGAAAAUCUGCACACUUAAAUAUGCUCUGUGUGUUUGACAAAAAGGUCUUUGUUUGGCUCUGACUGCACUCAGUCUGGCUGUGUGGGGGGGGGAAAAGCCCCUGGAAGCCAGGACGUGAUGAUGUACGUCAACAAAUUAACGCUUUAUUUUAAUUUUCUGAAAUGUAGGCAGUGAUAAAUCACACAAUGUCAAAAGAAAAGAAACCACUGUGGAUCCCAGGUCACUUCACUUACAGAGUCUGUGCCAUUUUUGGCUCAACAUUUCAUUAUUUUUAUUUUUUAAUCUAAAAAAAAAAGGGACAAUAGAAAAAAUGUUUGUGUUCAGACUGAACUGUUUGUAUAUUCAACAUUUGAAGUAUAUUCUAUUUUGUUGUACUCUUGUUUCAAAGUGUAUUAAAGUAGAUUUUACUGAAACAUAAAACAUUUGAAACUCAA